AUGAACAGCGGCGGCAUCGAGAACCCGGCGUUCGAGGCGCCUUGCCCCGGCCCCGGCCGGCGCUGCCGCUCGGGCCCCGCCGGCGCAGGUGCUGCCCCCGCCGGGCCCGACCCCUGCCCCGAGGAAGGGCCCUGCGGGUGGGGCCCCUGCGCCCCCAGAGCUCUGCAGCUCUGCAACAAUUCCGAGGGGUACUUGGCUGCCUACAGCCUGUUGGCCAUCUUCCAAGGUAUUGUGGUAAAUGGCCUGAUUAACAUUAGUAUUUCAACCAUUGAGAAGCGUUACGAGUUGAACAGUUCCCUCACUGGCUUAAUCUCUGCAAGCUAUGACAUUGCCUUUUGUGUAUUGUCACUGUUUGUAUCUUACUUUGGAGAAAGAGGGCACAAGCCACGAUGGCUUGCUUUCUCAGCAUUUAUGCUAGGACUGGGCUCACUUGUAUAUUCCUUACCACACUUCAGUAGUGGAAGCUACCAGUAUGGAGGUAAAAUUGAAGACACGUGCCAAAAUGCAGAAAUCACCUUUGCUAAUGCCACUUGCAGUGCCAGCACAAACUCUUCUCUUCACAAGUAUCUGUAUGUCUUUAUCCUUGGACAGCUGCUGCUUGGAGUUGGAGGAACUCCUCUAUAUACUUUGGGGACAGCUUUUAUUGAUGACAGUGUCCCAAAACACAAGGCUUCCUUCUAUAUAGGAAUUGGCUAUGCCAUGUCUCUGCUGGGUCCUGCUAUUGGCUAUGUCUUAGGAGGGCAGCUGCUUAAGAUUUAUAUUGACAUUCAGAUCCCAAAAAGUGCAAAGGUGGAUCAAGAUGACCCACGCUGGCUUGGAGCAUGGUGGAUAGGAUUUCUUGCAUGCUUUUUUGCAAUUUGGCUUCUUAUAAUACCUUUUUCGUGCUUUCCAAAGCACCUACCAGGAACUGCACAAAUUCAGGCUGAAAAAAUCUCUGAAACUCAUGAUGAUGGAAGUCAGGUACUGGUUCAGAUGAACAAUAUUGGACAAAGUUUUAAAGACUUUCCUAUGGCUCUCCUGAUACUGUUGAGGAAUCCAGUGCUUAUGAGUCUAAUAAUAACCAGUUCCUCAGAAGCUUUAGUUGCUACUGGAUUUGCCACAUUUCUACCAAAGUUUAUAGAAAAUCAGUUUGGAAAGUCGUCAAGUUUUUCAGCAACUCUUGGAGGAAUUGUACUAAUUCCAGCAGCAGCAAUAGGCCAAGUCAUAAGUGGUAUCUUGGUUUCCAAGUGCAAAAUGGAUUGCAAAGGCAUAAUGAAGUUCACAAUAAGGACCUAUUCAGUGGCCCUAAUAUUAAACACGGUGUUUUUAUUCGCUAAAUGUGGGAAUGAGGCUUUUGCAGGUGUCUCUGAAACAUAUAACGGAACAGGCACUCUACGUAACUUAACAGCACCAUGUAAUGCUAACUGCAGGUGUUUGCGCUCCAUGUACUACCCAGUUUGUGGCAGAGAUGAAGUCCAGUACUUUUCUCCCUGUUUUGCAGGAUGUGCCUCAUACCGUUUUAAUAACAUGAAAAAGACAUACCACAACUGCUCCUGUAUUGGGAAACAAAAAAGAGAAAAUGUUUUAGAAGACUUUCUAUAUGAAGCUGUCCCUGGGAAAUGUCCAACACAAUGCAAAUUUCUACCUUUAUUCCUGACCUUCUUCUUUCUUGCUGUUGUUUUUACAUUUAUGGCUACCACUCCAACAACUGUGGCCAUUCUCAGGUGUGUGCCAGAUAAACAGCGCUCAUUUGCUCUUGGAGUACAGUCAGUGUUUCUGCGACUACUGGGUACUAUUCCUGGACCAAUUCUGUUUGGUGUUGCUAUAGACAGCAGUUGUACUCUGUGGGAUAUUAAUGAAUGUGAAACUAAAGGAGCUUGCUGGGUAUAUGACAAUGAAAGAAUGGUUUAUUUGCUGAUGGGCAUAAGUGCUGCUUGCAAAAUUAUCACAAUCAUCUUUGCAUUCAUGGCAGUGUAUUUCUACAAGCCUCCACAAUUAACUAACGCCUUGCCACGAAAGACUUCAGGAAGGAUAUCUGCUAUACACAAAAAAUGA